CGAAGGAGCAGCGGCUCUACUCAGAGCUCCCUCCAGAUGUCCGAACUCCUUACCCUGUCUCUAAGGCUGAGCCCAGCCUCAGAGACAGGGUAAUGCAUUGACAUAUUAGGAGAAAAUGAAAUUAAAAAUGAGGAGGAUAAAGAACAUAAAUUUAGAAUAAAAAACUGUAAUAAAAAUUUGAAAAAAUACUUAAAAUAUAUCUGAAUUUAAAAAGAAAAAAAUGUCUUGUAUGCAGCAGAAAAUAACCUUUUUUUCAAUGACUUUGAAUAAAUGAAAGCAAAACAACAUUAAAGUUAUCUUUUAAAAAUGGGAUCAAGAAACAAAUUAGAGUAAGAAAAAGUAAUAAAAAUAUUUUUUUUAAAAUGCUACAAAAAUAUGUAGAAAAUGUCUGAAUUUAAAAAGAAAAAAAAAUCCAAAAAAAUGUCAUUGUUUGCAGAAGAAAAUAUCCUCAUUAUUUUUUUCAAUAACUUAGGUGUAAAAUACUGGGGAAGCAAAACAUUACAGUUAUCUUUUAAAAAUAGUUUUUACAGAUUAAUAAUAAAAUAAUCCCAUUUUACCCUCUGUAUUACCUUACUUUAUUAUCUUUCAAGACACUUAUCACACAUAAUUUUAUUAAUUUUUCCAGGAAAUUCCACACACUUCUCACAUAAAAACAAACAUUUCAAAACAUGAAUCAAAUUAGGAUUAUGACUACAACCUCAUGUUAGUUUGUUACUCUAGAAAAUAAUCAUCAAUUAAUGUAAAUACUCAUUAUGAACAGUUGGUGGCGAUAAUGCCUCAGUAAAAAGGUGAUUUGCCCUUGAGUACAAAGAAAAAGAAGAAGAAACAGCAGGGUUAAGCAGUUCGAACUACAAAUUGGGCUCAUUUGGACUACAUGUUUACGUCAUCAUUAUGCGCAUGUGACGAGAAGGACCCCUCGUCCAAGAGCAAUGCACGUGAGGUCGUCCGUUAGAGAUUUUAGAAAAUGUAAUGCACUGUUAUUCCUCUUUCUGGGUCAAACGGGAGUUAGUAGUCGUGUAAUUAAUAAAACACAGCACCAUUGUGUUUCUUUCAUUAACGCUAAUUCUAUUUUAAAUCGUCCUUUUUAUUCUCCGUGGUUUCAACAGAGCAGCUUCAUGAUGCAGCAGGCAGCUGUCGCCGCCGACACACCGGCGGAGGUGUUAGAGGAGAAAACUACAACCAAGGUGACGGCAGAAAGUGGCAAACGAAAAAGCGACGAACCUGAGUCAAGUGGCCGAGGCAAGAGGCGGAGAGGAGCGGGAGGGAAGAAGUUCCGUCCCGGUGAGAGAUACGUCCCCCCUCCGCAGAAGAGGAACCCUGGUGUCAGCUUCAGCCAGGAGCACUUCAACGAGACCUCCUACUACUUUGAAGGCGGCCUGCGCAAAGUGUGUCCGUAUUACUUUGACUUUAAAACGUACUGCAAAGGUCGGUGGAUUGGAAAGAGCCUCCUGGAGGUGUUCAAGAGUGAGUUCAGAGCGGAGUCCAUUGAGUAUUACCAGAAGGCUGCCAAAGAGGGUCGUAUCCGGCUGAACAAUACUCCUGUGGAGGACCUGUCUGUGGUGCUCAGGAAUAAUGACCUCAUGAGGAACACAGUGCACCGCCAUGAGCCCCCUGUAGUCAGCAAGCCCCUGGAGGUUCUGGUGGAUGACGGUGAAGUGGUUGUGGUCGACAAACCUGCCUCCAUCCCUGUCCACCCCUGUGGUCGUUUCCGCCACAACACUGUGAUUUUUAUCCUGGGUAAAGAGCGGGGCAUCUCUGAGCUGCACACAGUCCACAGACUGGACAGACUCACCUCUGGAGUGCUGCUGUUCGCCAGGACGCUGGAGACGUCGAAGAAACUGGACCAGUUGGUGAGAGACAGACAGGUUGAAAAAGAGUAUGUGUGCAGAGUGGAGGGAGAGUUUCCAGAGGGGGAGCUGAUCUGCGAGGAGCCCAUCCUGGUCGUCUCCUUUAAGGUCGGCCUCUGCCGAGUCGACCCAAAGGGAAAGGAGUGCAGGACUGUUUUCCAGAGGCUCAGCUUUAACGGGAAAACCAGCGUGGUCCGCUGUUUACCCCUCACCGGCCGCACACACCAGAUCAGGGUCCACCUCCAGUACCUGGGCUUCCCCAUACUCAAUGAUCCCAUCUAUGGGGCCUCAGCCUGGGGUCCUCACAGGGGGAAGGGUGGGCUGGUGGAAAAGAGUAUUGAGGAGCUGCUGCAGGCUCUAGUAGAGGAACAUCGCUCUCAGGAAAGUCUUCAUCUGUUGGAUAUUCCAGACGACGGGAUUGGGAUUGAACCAGAGGCAGAGAAACACAAGACAUCUGAGAAAGUAGAAACACUAGAUGGCACCUGUGAGACUAAGGAAAGUGGAGACAGCCAUCAGAUUGACACACAGGUGCAGACAGGCUGUAGCACAAGCAGUGAGACAGUGAGUCAGGGCUGCACAGACCCGAACAGUAACAGUGCCUCACUCACAUCUCAACCUACAAAAUCUAGUGGGAAAGAAACAGAGGAAACAACCUCUCCAGAGACAAGAGAUCACCUGUGCAGUGAAUGUAAGGUGGUACGACCAGAUCCCACAGAGAAGGAGCUCAUCAUGUAUCUCCACGCUUUACGCUACAAAGGACCUGAUUUUGAAUAUUCCACACAAUUACCUGAUUGGGCCAAAGAGGACUGGGUCCAGGCUGAUUAGAGCCGACCUAAUAAACACUUUUAGGUCAA